AGCUGAGCCAAUGACUCUUGGCUCCCCAACAUCUCCAAAACCAGGAGCUAGUGCUCAAUUUCUUCCUGGAUUCUUGAUGGGUGAUUUACCUGCACCAGUGACUCCGCAACCACGUGCUUUAAGUGGCCCCUCAGUUGGUGUAACGGAAAUGAGGUCUCCGCUACUUGCAGGAAGUUCUCCCCCACAACCAGUAGUCCCUUCGCAUAAAGAUAAAAGUGGUGCUCCACCAGUUAGAAGCAUAUAUGAUGAAUUAUCUAGUCCUGGACUUGGAUCUACGCCUCUAACUUCAAGACAACCAACCAGCUUUUCUCUGACACAGAGCCCAUUAGUUGGAACUAUGCAAUCAACUUCUGGAACAGCUUCAGGUAUGUUCAGUCCUGCAAGUAUUGGGCAGCCUAGGAAGACUACUCUAUCUCCUGCUCAGCUAGAUCCUUUUUAUACUCAGGGUGAUUCCCUGACUUCAGAAGAUCAGCUUGAUGACACAUGGGUAACUGUAUUUGGAUUUCCUCAGGCAUCCGCUUCAUAUAUUCUUCUGCAAUUUGCUCAGUAUGGGAACAUAUUAAAGCAUGUGAUGUCCAACACAGGAAACUGGAUGCAUAUUCGAUAUCAGUCUAAGCUUCAAGCCCGGAAAGCCUUAAGCAAAGAUGGAAGAAUUUUUGGUGAAUCUAUCAUGAUUGGUGUCAAACCGUGUAUAGAUAAAAGUGUGAUGGAAAACUUUGAAAGAAGCUCUACAUCCUCAGUGUCUUCAGUUUUCACUCCACCUACAAAAUUGUUUGGCACACCAGUACAACCUGCAAAUAAUACUACAAGGAUUUCUACAAUGAGACCUCUUGCAACAGCAUAUAAAGCUUCCACUAGUGACUAUCAGGUGGUUUCUGACAGACAAACUCCUAGGAAAGAUGAAAGUAUUGUAUCUAAAGCAAUGGAAUAUGUGUUCGGCUGGUAAUAUACAGGAGGAAGUAACACACUAAGUUGGUCGGGGUUUGAAGUAUGCUACUGGCAUCCGUGGUUAGUUGUAUAACUACUGGUGGCAGUAUGUCAACUUCCAUCUCACCUGUUAUGCCUUCAGUUAAUUCAGCAGACAUGUAGCUUGCACUUUAAAUGAUGGCAAUGUAAACACAGUUUUAAAAACUGAGUAAGUGUAAAUGUAAGUGCUUUUUUCCCAUU